AUGGACGACCCGUUCGUUGCCACGCCGCUGGCAGCGAGCCAGGCCCAACGGGAACCGCACCGCUACUCAUCCUUCGACAACCAGCUACUCACCCUGAACUCGUCCUCGCCAUCGCAGCUCAAGCGGGCGUUGGAGAUUCAUCUCGCUGAAACCGACCGCAGGCUACAGGAGACGUCAAAGCUUGGCACUGCUCUCGUACAGCAGCAGCAGGACCUCGCCGACAAGCUGAGAGAGGUCGAGCAGCAGCAGGAAGACGGCGAGAUCGGUCCCGAGCUGCGCCAGAGGCUGCUUGCCUUGGAGAAAGACUACAACGACAUUGGGCGCGAGUCCGCCAGGACGACCUUUGCCCCGAAGCCAAGGCUUCUCGCGCCAGAGGACACUCCCCUGGACAGUCGGACCCCGUCGAGCCCGUCUUUCCUCUCCAGCCAGGCCACCAACUCGCCCUCAAAGGUCAGCGUUCCCUCGAGGAGACAGCGUAACCAGCCUGCCAGCCGUGUACACGACAUUGAGUUUGCUACCGAGAUCAGCACCUCGCUGCUCACCCAGGUUCGCCAGCUCCAGGCCCUGCUCGCCGAGCGGGACGAGGCCCUUCGCGAGACGAACCUCGAAAAGUCUAGGCUAGAGCUCGAGGCCGAAGGGUUCUCCCAGCGUAUCCGCUCCCUGGAUGAGAGCGAACAGCGCUACAAGGACGAGAAUUGGAGACUUGAAACACAGUCCCAUGAACUUUUAGCGGCUGCCAAGGAGGCCGCUACACGCGAAAAUCGGUUGACCUCCAAUUUGAAUGCGCUCACCUCCAAGAAGAACAGCGUUCAGCGGGAGCUCGACGAACUCAAACAGGCCAAUGGGAAACUGGUAGAGGAACACUCUGCGGCCCAAAAGGCGCAUGACUCUGAACUUCACAUCCUCCGAAGAAAUCUGACCGCUGGGGACACCGAACGUAACAGUCUCCGCAAGAAGGUCGACGAAUUGGUAGGCCAGAACCAAGAGCUCGCAAAGGCCGUAGCUGCCAAACUCCGACAACAUGAGUCUGAGCCUGCCAGAGACAUCGACCGGGAUGCUGGCGACAAUGCCGAGAACGAAGACACCCCGGAUAACUCUCCUCCGCCGUCACCCAACAAGGCAACGCCUCGCCACGGCCAUCUAGAAUCGGAGACGCUGAAGAGCUCUCUCCAUCACGCACACCGAAUGAUCCAGAACCUCAAGAACAACAUUCAUCGUGAAAAGACCGAAAAGAUUGAGCUCAAGCGCAUGCUCCAAGAGGCUCGAGAUGACCUCGAAACCCGCAGAAACGAGGCCGUCGCCCAGGGAAGCGCUCAGAAGCGCCAGAGGACGAAGCCAGAGGUCUUCAAAAAGCCACCACGCCCAGAUAUGCUUGGCGCCGGCAGGAGAGGUGUCACGGAGAUAGAAAUCGAUGAACCAGAUUGGGAAGACGAAGAAGUCAUGGAAGUCAGUCCUACCAAGGCCGUGCAAGCAAGACAGAGCUCGGCUCUGUUCUCCCGCCCUCGUCCUCGUCCUCGUCCUCGCUCUGGCUCGGUCAGCGCGAGCGACACAUACCAGACCGCAAACGAGACGGAAGACGGUGGCUUUGAAACCGCGCACGAAGCCGAGACAGCUACCGAGAGCGAAAAUUUCCAAACGGGCGCUGAAAACAUGGCGGCAGAUAGCAGUGAUGAGCUUACAGAGACGGAAGGCCGCGCCGAUCGACAGGGAGCAGUGCAACGCGCAAAGCCAUACACGAUUCGAACUGCAAAGGCCGGUGACCGCACCUCGUUUAUGAGUACUGCGUCCACUUCAGCAGACGAAGACGACUACGGUUACGAUGAAGUACACACUCCCGUCCAAUCGCAGCCGCCUCGUUAUCGUCUCAAGAUGCAGCGAGGACGACGCGCAAGGUCGUCCGAGGAGACCAUCCAGGCGGGUGGCAGCAUGGGUUAUGAGGCGUCCUCCCCCGGAAGCCUGCAUAGUCCCAAGCCUAGAGUUGAGGGCGGCCGAAGUCUCUUCGCAGAGCUCGGUGAAGCUGGCCUGGGAAGUGACGGUGAAUUCGGAAGCCCACUGCAAUCUAAUACCACCUCAGUGGAUUCUACGCCUAUCCGCAAUCUCAGCUUCAUCCAACAUAAACAGGUUGAACAACCGCCACGGAUCAUUAUGGUUGAUUCCUCGAUGAUGACCGAGCAAUGGCCUGCUCCCGCGCCUGCAUGCGAGACUGUAGCAACACAAACUCUUGCUUCUGAAACGGCGGAUAUGGCAACCUCCACGACUUCUGCAGUCCUUGUAGACACCUCAACCCAAUAUACGCCCACGGAGCGUCCCUCACUGGCUCAAACCGAUGCCAUAAUCGUGUUCGAUUCGCUGCCAGCAGAGCCAGUCAAGUCAGUAGACAUGGCCACCCAAUGCACUCCGGUGAAAUCUCAGUCUAUGGCCCAAAGUGACGCGAUAGUCAUGUUUGAUACGCCACCAACUGAGCCGGCUAAGUCUACGCUGGUAGACAUGGCUACUCAAUAUGUUCCUGCAAAGCCUCAGCAGAUGGUUCAAAGUGACAUGAUGGUCAUGUUCGACUCCCCCCCAGUGGCUGCACCCGUCGAAGAGGACAAGUCCCGCGAUAUAAUCGCACCCGUCCCCAUUCCGAUUCCCCUUUCUUCGACCUCAGACCCAGAACCAGAACCAACCCCAGAACCCGUAAAGCUGGAGCUCUCACCGAUGCUGUUCGAAGAAACCAUCCCAGUUCCGGCACCCAUUGUCGAACAACCGCGACGAAGUUCAAUGCACCUCGCCUUCUCCGGUGUGACAUUCGAGCAAUCCCGCCCCGUCACCCCACAACCGAUCGUGACUACUCUUCCGUUACCCCCUUUCACACCCCCCAAAUAUAUUGCAUCGUCUAUUCAGACUAUCGAUACACCGCCCAUCUCUCCUCCCGCACAGCCCGUUGUUGUGAAGCCGUCGAUACAACUUGAGAUGUCCUCGAUAUAUGCUGAAUCCACUACGCCCAUUGCGCCAGAGCCCGUUGUUCACACGGUUAUCCCACCAGUGACUGCGCUAUUUGCUAACUCGGAUGAUGUCCAUUCAACCGACCCAUCUCCAAGGAGACCUAGAACCGCUGUCCAUGAUAGCGAUGGUGAUGCUUUCUCAGUUCUAGAAUCUCCGCGUGAAAUGAUGCCGUCCAAGUACGAUGCAGAGGAUACGGACAUGAUGAGAUCCGAACCAUCGCCGCCACCGGUUGUGCCAGUUAGUGUUGCAGAGAAUGCCGCUCAAACUAUCUUGACCAGCCAACAGAUCGAUUCUCUCCUCUCCGUAAGACGUUUCGCGGCACCACCGCAAACGCCAGAAUCGAAGAUAGCAAUUACGCCCCUGCCUGGCUCACCAGAAGAGUCUAUCUUGGCGACUCCCAGGGCGAAAGCUCAACCAUCCGGAGUUAACGAGAACUUCCUCCUUCCCAGCGCUGCCACCAGAAGACCUGGAAGCGCAGGAAGCGCGAGACGUAGCGCAAUGGCCCACCCUCCUCUGCCACCUGAUCAUAAGCAAGCAAUUGCUGCCGCUGCCCAAAGGGUAUCAACUGAGAGCCCAACCGGAAUUAUGGGACCUCCAAUCGCCCCUGCUUCCGCGUAUCGACCUGGCGCCCACUCCCGACCCAGGACACCUAGCGAACAAGCUGGAACUGCUGCUGUUCAGGGCAGUAACGGUGCCUCAUCGAAAACUAGACUCAGGCAUGGUAGUAUCGCGUCCCGGCGAUCGUCAAUCUCAUCCUUUGUAUCUGAACUUGACGAUCGAUUCAAUUUAUCAAGAUCGGAGUAUGGUGGCUUCGAGCCCGGAACAGAUCCUCGCAUGAUCCAAGCCAUCACGCAGACAAUGAUUGGCGAGUUCCUAUGGAAAUAUACACGCAAGGCAGGGCGACCGGACUUUUCCCAAACGCGACACAGACGGUACUUCUGGGUCCAUCCGUUCACCCGCACCUUGUACUGGAGUUCUCAGAGCCCACAGACCGCUAGUAAAGCUCAACUGAUGGCCAAGAGUGUCGCCAUCGAAGCCGUCCGAGUGGUCACUGAUGAUAACCCAUACCCUCCUGGUCUCCACCGUAAGAGUUUGGAAGUUGUCACACCAGGUAGAACGAUGAGGUUUACUGCUGCCACUAGCCAGCGCCAUGAAACGUGGUUCAAUGCACUUUCAUAUCUCCUUCUGCGCGCCAACGAUGAAGAUGGAGAAUUGGCACUUAACGGGACGCCAGAAGAUGUUACGCAUGACUUCAAUCCCUCCCUGAAUGGCAGGACAUCUCGCAUGACUGACCACUCCCGACGAUCCGCUGCGUCCCACAAUAGUCGAACUGCACGGGGCAUGCCUCGCCAGUAUGACAUUACUCCAGGCCAUGAAUCCCCCUCGCUCUCAGGCCGACCGCCAGACCAAACGCUAAAGGCUGAACAGAGCCGACAAGGGGAUGAUGGGGACGUUCUCCAGCCGCCGAAGCCGGUACGGCAGUAA